AUGCUUCUUCCCGAUGUAAACCAGGCCUCUGGGGUAACUCGAGACGUCAUCGCGGGCAUGCCAAUCGUGACAGCUACACAUAUGCGAGCUUCGGAUAUAUCGGACGUGUUACUCGGCUGCCUCGGAAUCGCUUCCCCUGUGGCAGGAAAGGACGCACUCGUCCAGCUCGCCGGGAUCUUUUUGCUCCCCGGUCUCCUCAAGCUUCCAAACGAUGAUAAGAAGCUUCCACGGGCAGAAAAACGCCAGGUUGUGUGCUUUUGUUUUGUCAUCUUCCUGAAAUGGCCUUCUGUGAUACCGACAUUCGCAAGUCGGUCGCGAGUCGGUGGGAGAAUGUGUCAUGAGAUGCUCGUGGCUAUAAGAAAUGGAGCAUCUGGCACUGCCAGCGGAGAUUCCACGCGACACGCACGCCGACUACCUUUCCUCCGACACAGGACGUCUGCCCUACAAGGGAGGACUGCCAUACAGCCCAUUGUGCUUCGCCGGGCAAGCCCUCCACUGACACGUGUCAUGAGGCAGCUUCGCGGAUGA